AUGCUUAGAGCAGACGAGUGGCAAAUCUACGAUGAUCAGCUGCUUUUAGGUGCAGAAGUCAGCGAUGGCGACUUCUCAGCGCUGGAGUCCCUGGAGGCCGAGAGGGCAGCUGCGGUUCGAGGAUAUUGGUAUCCUAGGAACUCGCAAGAAGGCGAUCUGUCAUCAUGGAUGGAAGGGAGCGGGGUGGCCGUGAGCUUGCGGUACAAGCGCAGCAGGGGUCCCCUGGUCAGCAUCUCGGUUUUCCAUUUUAGAACCGGCAAGAGGCCCAGUCCAAACGAGAAGAAGCAGAGCUGCAGCAGGCACGGCGUCGGGAUGUGGUUCUUGCAGCUGUGCUGUUUCCAUGCCAUCGCGCUUUCUCUCAGCAUCGAGGAGGAAAGGUUGAGGCAAAUUGCAGCCAACGAGGAUCACAACAUUGCAGAGACGGCCCCUCCAGUCCCUCCAGUCCCUCCUCCACCACCGGGUGCAGGGUUUACAUCGGCUCCGCUCUGUCACCUGCCUCCCAAGCCGCAGGCUACGGGCCCCAGGGGCCCCAGUGGCCCAAGUGCUCGGCUUGUCCAGACGGAGCCGAUGAAGCUACCCAGAAAGCCUUGGGGCUUCACGUCAGCUCCGCUUCUUGCGCGCCCACCGCCCAGCGCAGCAGUCGCGCCGCCAAGCACGCCAAGCACGCCAAGCACACCCAGCGUACCAAGCAGCGACCCAGCUCCAGCUGCGAUCCCAAGGUUACCAGGCCGCGCGGGCUUCACGUCUUCCCCACUCUGUACAGUGCCACCGAAGCCUCGAGUUGCAGUGGGAGCCCCCACAGAUGCUUCGCCACCCCCACCACCGCCACCCCCUCCAGCCGAAGGUGCUGAGGAGGGAGCUGCUGAUGCUGCGAUUUCCUCAUCGUUGCCAUCCUUGCCUCCGGUUCAGACUUUUCGCACCAACCUGCAGAUGUGGAAGCGCCGCGCCUCUGAAGCGGUGCAGCCGCUGCCAAAGCAGCUGCGGGAAGCCAGAAGCAGAAUGCUCUCUCCUCCCUCGUCGCCCAAAAGUGCGGCGGGCGAUUUUUCUGUCCCGUCAGAGGAAGAGCGCCAGCAGCGCGCUGACCAUCUGCGGCGGCAGCGGGAUCGCCUCAUCGAGAUGCGUUCCAAGGACCGCGAGCGGCAGCUCUCCGAGCUUGGGUGUGCCGGCAGUGCCGAUGCACACCACGGGGACAUGGAGGCAUGGGCGGCCCUGGGCCGACGGCGCGUAGCAGAGCUCAGCGGAGCGCGCCUGGCCGACGAGACGGCGCCCUCGAGCGCCCAGCCUGAGUCGGCUGAGAAGCUUCGACAAGCACUGACCCGGCAAUUGCUUCAAAGCCUUGCACAGUCCAUGGUCAGUGAUGCUGAUGCUUACAUGGACCUCGCGAUCGGCAACAAAGCCUGGCACACAGAGGUCCCGACUCUGAUGGAAGGCGGCAUGGACGGCCUCACAGGCAUUGAGCGUGGGCGCAUGUUGGACGCCCGGACAUCAUUCGACUCCGCAACAUUUCUCAGCCGUUGCUUUCACUGCUGUUGCUUAGGGCGUUCAGAUGUAUCUAGGGCCAAUUUAGGGUAUGUCCCAAGGUGGAAGCAAGUCUGGGCCUUACACCCACCAGAAGACCGUGGCUCGUUGUUGUAG